AUGGUCAACAUGUCACGUCUCACCGGUCCAUGGGUUCCUCUGUUGCUGUGCUUUUCUGCCUUACAGAAGAUGAGCUAUGCCAGAUGGGAAGCAGAGUACAUCUCUUACGCGGCGCCUACGGAUACAAUCAUUCGCUUUCGAGUUGGAAAAUUGGUUCCAGUCUACGACCAUUCUGAUGAUGAACACACGGCGCGCCCUGCCACCACUCCUUCCCGUGACGACUUCCAAUCCUGUCAAUCAGAGAUGGAGUGGCCUCUGAUUGGUUCGUCUUGGUCCGGGUGGGCGUGUCAGGACCAUCCCCAAGAACAAGAGUCCCUCCCCUUGUCUCCCCUCAACGUCUUGUCUCCCCUGGUCCAACUCAUCCUAGACUAUGCUUAUCCGCGUCUGCCACCAAUGAAACCAACUGAAUCAAACAGACAGAUAGAAAAAGACACUAUAUUACAGGCGUCGGUCAUCUCUACAGGUACAUCAAGUUCAACAGGUGAGGUGUCGCCCACCGAACCAAUCGAGAAAUACAGGCGGUGGGAUGGCGGGGAACGGCCGCGAUGCUCCUGUCAUCGCUCCUGCUUCAAACGCUUCCGCCUCGCUGCAGAACAGCGAACAGCGGUACCGGUUCGGCAAGACAAGCGAAUGCGGCACCUAAUGUUACGUAGCUGUGUGGCCGUGCUGGCUGUCUUCCUCGUCAACCUUUUGUUUGUGGAGGUCGGAAAACGGCAGACUGGGGCCACAUAAGCACCUCAUCUAAUCUACCUCUGUUGUACAGUAAAGAUUGUUUGUAUUUGUGACUAUAAGUAUACUAUCUACUACUGUAAUUCAUUUUAUGUUCACUGUGGCAAAAUCUGAGAAAAAUGGACAUGUUCACGGAACUAUAUGGUGGCGACAGGUGCAGGAAAGAGAAAGUCCAUGAAUUAUUUGUAAACUGUAAUGAUAAGUUCACGGUACAGAAGUGACAGUGAAAACAGUGAACAUACAUGUAACAGUACAGUGAAAAAAUCGGGAAUUAGUAUGUUAAUGAUUAGGUUAAUU